GACAUGUGAGCGGCGCGCGCCGGUGGCAGGUGGAAAGGCGAGCGGCAUGGAGCGCGUAAUAAGAGAGUUGGAGUCGGAAAGAGCAGCCCCAGUCGCCGGGGAAGCGGGCGGUCAGUGCGGGCUCCGGCGGCCCCCAGGCUCCCAGCGCCCGCCCGCGGCCCCGGCCCGGCCCCUAGCCCCUGCCGCCCGCGCCCGCGCCCGCGCCCUCCCCGGGUCGCCCCUCUGGCCCCGGGUCCGAGUCAUGCGCCUCUGAGCGUCCCGAGCGCGCCCCCGCCCCGGACAGUGCCCGGGCCCCGGCCCCCCCAGCCCGGCGCCGCCCAUGGCCGAGGCCCCCCCGCGCCGCCUCGGCCUGGGUCCCCCGCCCGGGGACGCCCCCCGCGCGGAGCUGGUGGCGCUCACGGCCGUGCAGAGCGAACAGGGCGAGGCGGGCGGGGGCGGCGCCCCGCGCCGCCUCGGCCUCCUGGGCAGCCCCCUGCCGCCGGGCGCGCCCCUCCCUGGGCCGGGCUCCCGCUCGGGCUCCGCCUGCGGCCAGCGCUCCUCGGCCGCGCACAAGCGCUACCGCCGCCUGCAGAACUGGGUGUACAACGUGCUGGAGCGGCCCCGCGGCUGGGCCUUCGUCUACCACGUCUUCAUAUUUUUGCUGGUCUUCAGCUGCCUGGUGCUGUCUGUGCUGUCCACUAUCCAGGAGCACCAGGAACUUGCCAACGAGUGUCUCCUCAUCUUGGAAUUCGUGAUGAUCGUGGUUUUCGGCCUGGAGUACAUCGUCCGGGUCUGGUCCGCCGGAUGCUGCUGCCGCUACCGAGGAUGGCAGGGUCGCUUCCGCUUUGCCAGAAAGCCCUUCUGUGUCAUCGACUUCAUCGUGUUCGUGGCCUCGGUGGCCGUCAUCGCCGCAGGCACCCAGGGCAACAUCUUCGCCACGUCCGCGCUGCGCAGCAUGCGCUUCCUGCAGAUCCUGCGCAUGGUGCGCAUGGACCGCCGCGGCGGCACCUGGAAGCUGCUGGGCUCAGUGGUCUACGCGCACAGCAAGGAGCUGAUCACCGCCUGGUACAUCGGGUUCCUGGUGCUCAUCUUCGCCUCCUUCCUGGUCUACCUGGCCGAGAAGGACGCCAACUCCGACUUCUCCUCCUACGCCGACUCGCUCUGGUGGGGGACGAUUACAUUGACAACCAUCGGCUAUGGUGACAAGACACCGCACACAUGGCUGGGCAGGGUCCUGGCUGCUGGCUUCGCCUUACUGGGCAUCUCUUUCUUUGCCCUGCCUGCCGGCAUCUUAGGCUCUGGCUUCGCCCUGAAGGUCCAGGAGCAGCACCGGCAGAAGCACUUCGAGAAGCGGAGGAUGCCGGCAGCCAACCUCAUCCAGGCUGCAUGGCGCCUGUACUCCACCGAUAUGAGCCGGGCCUACCUGACAGCCACCUGGUACUACUAUGACAGUAUCCUCCCAUCCUUCAGAGAGCUGGCCCUCUUGUUUGAGCACGUGCAACGGGCCCGCAAUGGGGGCCUACGGCCCCUGGAGGUGCGGCGGGCGCCGGUACCCGACGGAGCACCCUCCCGUUACCCGCCCGUUGCCACCUGCCACCGGCCAGGCAGCACCUCCUUCUGCCCUGGGGAAAGCAGCCGGAUGGGCAUCAAAGACCGCAUCCGCAUGGGUAGCUCCCAGCGGCGGACGGGUCCUUCCAAGCAGCAUCUGGCACCUCCAACAAUGCCCACCUCCCCGAGCAGCGAGCAGGUGGGUGAGGCCACCAGCCCCACCAAGGUGCAGAAGAGCUGGAGCUUCAAUGACCGCACCCGCUUCCGGGCAUCUCUGAGACUCAAACCCCGCACCUCUGCUGAGGAUGCCCCCUCAGAGGAAGUAGCAGAGGAGAAGAGCUACCAGUGUGAGCUCACGGUGGACGAUGUCAUGCCUGCUGUGAAGACAGUCAUCCGCUCCGUCAGGAUUCUCAAGUUCCUGGUGGCCAAAAGGAAAUUCAAGGAGACACUGCGACCGUACGACGUGAAGGACGUCAUUGAGCAGUACUCAGCAGGCCACCUGGACAUGCUGGGCCGGAUCAAGAGCCUGCAAACUCGGGUGGACCAAAUUGUGGGUCGGGGGCCCGGGGACCGGAAGGCCCGGGAGAAGGGCGACAAGGGGCCCUCCGACGCGGAGGUGGUGGAUGAAAUCAGCAUGAUGGGACGCGUGGUCAAAGUGGAGAAGCAGGUGCAGUCCAUCGAGCACAAGCUGGACCUGCUGUUGGGCUUCUAUUCGCGCUGCCUGCGCUCUGGCACCUCGGCCAGCCUGGGCGCCGUGCAAGUGCCGCUGUUUGACCCCGACAUCACCUCCGACUACCACAGCCCUGUGGACCACGAGGACAUCUCCGUCUCCGCACAGACGCUCAGCAUCUCCCGCUCGGUCAGCACCAACAUGGACUGAGGGACUUCUCAGAGGCAGGGCAGCACACGGCCAGCCCCGCGGCCUGGCGCUCCGACCGCCCUCCGAGGCCUCCGGACUCCUCUCGUACUUGAACUCACUCUCUCUCGGGGAGAGAGGCCACACGCAGUAUUGAGUUGUCUGAGUGGGCGUGGUACCUGCUGUGGGUGCCAGCGCCCCUUCCCCACCUCAGGAGCGUGAGAUGCCAGGUCGCACAGAGGGCAGCAGCAGCGGCUGUCCCGCGGCCUCUGGGCCCCCCAGUGCCCUGCCCACUCCAUCAAGGCCGUAUGUGGCCCACCUGGCAGGGGCACAGCCCCGGGAGUGGGAGCGGGCGCUGGGGCCCUGGGCCCUGACCCAGCUUCCAGCUAUGCAAGGUGAGGUCUCUGGCCCACCCUUCGGACGCAGCAGGGAAGCCCUCCAGCCAAGUCCCCGCCCCACUUGGGGGUGGGCCAAGGUGCCCCCACAGGUACCCACAAAGCACAGGACCCUGCCACAAGGCAGGUGGGCACCAUAUAUGCAAACCAUGUUAAAUAUGCAACUUUGGGGACCCCCAUGGGGUCUCUCUGCCCCUCCCCCAUUGGGAGCUGGGCCCCCAGCAGUAGCUGGUCUCAGGCUGCUUGGCCACCACCCUGUCCCUAUUCUUUGGCUUAUCACUUCUUCCCCUCCCAGCAUGGGGCCUGUUUCUCCCCUGCCCUCUCCUAAGGGCAGUGCCUGAGCCUUUCUUCCCAUUUGCAAGUGUCAGCUCCCAGGGGCUCCCUCCUCCUGCUGGGUGGCCACUCCCCUCUUUGGCCCUCCAGACACCACUCAUAGUCAGCACAAGUUUCUGUAUCCUCCCCAAAACUCCCAGACAGUGCUUCGUGGACAAUCGCACAAACAUAGCCUUUUAGUUUCUCCAGACAGGAAGAAAGCCUCUCACACUCAAACAUGCAAUGACGUGACACACUUGGAGACAUGAGCUCAGAGCCACUCAGCCGCUCCUGGGCCUCUGCAGCAGAUGCCAGUGGACUGGCCUUGCAGGGUGAUGUCCACUAAGAGGAAGACCCCCAACUCCAUCUGAGCAGGAGAAGGAGCUUUGAAGUAACCCGAGAGCUCUCCAGGCCCCACCCAGAUCUUUACCCGCCCCCCUUCUCCAAGAAGAUCCCCUCCUCUCUGGUCCAGGAGCCCUAACCCACUGCCUCUGCCUGUCCCCAAGGGCCCCCCUCCGUGUCUCCACAGCACAACUCGGGCCCAGGCCUGACACCACUGGAGAGACCCCAGGCCCACUUCUAGCCAGGCCUGUGCCUUCCUAGUCACUCUAACUCCCAGAGAGAAUAAGAAUGCAUCUAAUAGCUAUACCAACUGCGCAUCCGGCUUUCACAUGCACUGUCUCCCCUCCCUCCAUGCCCAACUUCUUCACUUCAAUUGGGAGCCCCACAUCCGGGCAUAAGCCCCCAUUCACUCCAGGAGCACUUUCUUAUCCCCACCCCUUUGCUCCUCUUCUGCACAGCCAAUGCAGGUGGCAGGAAGGUGAGGGGUAGUGGACCAAUGGCAACCCUCUGUGGGAACAAGGGGCCGAGGCCACGCUGCCUGCAUCUCGUGCUGGGGACCUGCAUGCGCCAGCACCAGGGCUUGGACUGGAUCUUGCGCAGUCCAUGGUGCCCAGCCUCUGCCCCAACAUGCCCUCUGCAUGUGACCAUCAUGCCCUGGAUGGAGCCUCUCCUGGCUCACCCCACCUGCACUGCACUGUCCCCAGAGAGCCACCCCUCCACCUACUCAGAGACAGCUGUGGAGAGGGCCAGGAGAAUGGGAUUACCCUAUGACCAAGGAGACAUGGGAAGAAGCCCUCCUUCCUUCCACGAUCGAGGUUCUCCCAUCAACUCGGUUCUCGGAUAUGCAAGUACCUCACUUUGUUAACUUAUUAACUUAUUGGUUUCAUUAAAGUUUUCAAUAGGAA